AUGAAUAAACAGGUUGUAAGGCGUUUGAGAGUGGAAAUAUUGAAGAAAUUGAUGCAGAAAGGUGAAGUCAUUUUUACUUUCACAAUUUGGAAAGGGUCAAUUUUAUAUGGAACAAAACUUGACAGUCAAGAUGCAAAGAAAUAUCGUGGGCGAAGUGAUUCCAGUGUCAGACAACACGUUAAACAAAUUCAAAAAGUGAAAAUUAAGGAGUUUUGUUCCUUUUUGAUGACUGUUGAUUCGCAAAUUGACUUAAGGAAGAAAUAUCUGCAUAAGAAGUAUAACCACAUCACUAAAAUUUCUAGCCAAAAAUGGUAUGUAAAUGGGUCACAAAUGAUAAUCGGUUCUUUCGAAUCGGCCAGUAAAUUUUUGAAACUUGAAGACCAGAGAAGGGUUCAGGAGGUAGAGGUGAGUGAUUUCAGUUUCUUACUUUCCUUAUUAAAACGGAAAAUACAUAAUUCUGACAAAUGUUUGAUUUGUCAGAGGACUGAAGGUAUUACGAAAUGCUAA